AUUGGCAACUCAAGUUCUCUCUCUGUUAUCUCUCUCCUGUUCGACGCUGAGAUGGAAUUCUGAGUAGACCAUGCCGGAAUAUUUUCUGCCUUUUUCUUCAAUUCAUUUCUUCCGAUUGUGAAUCUGGUCGGUUGAAAGAGCCUUCAAUCGCGUCUUCUUCUUCUUGUUAUUCUUCAACGACCCGAGGAGGUCCUGGGGGUUUUGACUGGAUGUUGUUUUUACAUUUGGAAACUCAGCAUCUUAAGGACAAUAUUAUGGAAAUUAUAUUGUAAACAAUGGCAAGUGAGAACACAAUAUAUGUCUGAAGAACUUCAUAUAAGAUAUCUUUCCAAUUUUUAUGGGCAGAAAUGGAAGCUCGCUCAAUCUUUCCAAGCCAGAGGUCAGAGGGAAAGCAACUAAGUGCUAUGAAUUCAUCUGUUGGAAGAUCAUCUUCUUUAUCAGUUCUGCCUACACCUGCUGAAAAAAAAUAUCCAAAGCUUCCAGAUUGCCAGCAGGUUUCAAUGGAAAAGGAACUUUGGGCAAACCGUGUUGGACAACAUCGAGCAUCCAUAGCGACAAACAAUGGUGCCAUUGGACACAUGUUCUCAACAAGUUCAGGUUUCACAAGUGAACUUCAUUAUUCUAGCUCUUUACAGCAUCAGAUGCAUGCCAACAGUGCUCCAUUCUUUUCUCAAGCAUCAAACAAUGUAACAUCUGUUGCUCAGGCACUUCCUUCUCAGUCAGUUUUGUUCCAGACUACAUCACCUAGUAAUUUUACUAGAGAAAAUAAUGAUGCAACAUGGUCAGACGAUUCUCUAUUUUUUGAUUUUUCUGAUGGUGGUGGUUGCCAUAGCCAGAUACAAAACAGCACUGGCAUGGCUUCUCAAGACCAAUCUCGGCAAAGUGACUUUCAGGAAUGGGCUGAUCAGAUAAUGGCUGAUGACACUUUAGUAGCCACUGGUUGGAAUGACCUCCUUGUUGAACCUGAUCCAGAGAUAAAGGUUUACCAGGGUCCCAAGCUGCCUUCAGAUUUCACAGUCAGCCAACCCCAAAUUAAUCAACAGGUUCCUGCUCUCUCAGGAGAUUCAAACCAUGUGGCAAGUCCAUCAGUUACAAACGGGACCCAGAAUAAACCCCGAAUGCGUUGGACACCAGAACUCCAUGAGUGCUUUGUUGAAGCUGUGAACCGUCUUGGUGGCAGUGAAAAAGCAACACCAAAAGGUGUUCUAAAGCUUAUGAAAGUAGAAGGCCUGACCAUUUACCAUGUUAAAAGUCACUUACAGAAAUAUCGAACAGCUAGGUAUCGACCUGAAGCAUCUGAAGGAGGUUCAGACACGAAAACAAGUCUUGAGGAAAUAUCAUCUCUAGACCUGAAAACGGGUAUUGAGAUUACUGAAGCACUGAGACUACAAAUGGAAGUGCAGAAGAGAUUGCAUGAACAACUGGAGAUUCAGCGUAACCUACAGUUAAGAAUUGAAGAACAAGGAAGAUAUCUCCAAAUGAUGUUUGAAAAACAAUGCAAGACCAGUGAGAAGCUUAAAAUGCCUUCUUUGCUUGAUGAUGCGUCUGGUGCUUCUCCAUCUGACAUAACCCAAUCUUCAAAAGAAAAUGAUCUGGGAAAACCUCUGGCCAUGAACGAGACAGAUAUUAUUCCAGAGAAAACAGAAGAUAGGAAUCAGCAGUUCGAUCAGAAACAAAGGAUAGUUGAAGUAGAGUCAUCAAAUCCUGACCAGGUGACGAAUGUUGGGUCAGAGUUACCACCUGCAAAGCGUCUGAAGUCAUCCUUGAGUUGAUUCUGCAGAACUGAACUUCAGUUGGUCCAUGGGGUCUGAUCAGAAUCAUCAGACAAUUCAUAGUUUAUUUCAAAAGGGAAGUUUUCUCAACCGAGACAGUUGAGCCAAGGAAAUUCAGAGCCCCCCUAAUUAUGCAAUUUCUGAUCAUGGUAAUCUAGGAUUCUCUGAAAUGUUUUCUUUCAAAUAAAAAAAAUAGUUUACAGCCAUGGAGUAGAGUAACUGGUAACUCUAACAUGUGUUGUAAAGGAAGCUUAUGUUAUCUGCAAUUCUCUUGGAUAUAUCGAUCUUGUUCUUAAGACCAGGGUAAUGAUCCACACGUCUUGUGCGUGAUGGUUUUUUGUAUACUAACUAGGGUCUGCUAAAGAUUGUGUUUUGAUAGUGAACCACUAACGGCUCACAUUGGUCAGUUGCAUUCCAGCAGCUCCUGUGAUUAGUGGUCUUUCCCUUGUCUUUA